AUGGUGCCUGCAGCCAUCGUGAUCGCCGAUGACAUGGAGAAGGGCGGAAGUGACAGCGACAGUCUUCCCUCCUCGCCGACGCACCAUCACGAGGUGUUGUACAGAAGGCCGUGGAUCCACGAGCCACGAGCAACGUGAGUUUACACCUUUUCCUGUUCAUCCUUGCUCUUUUUCUGUUGGAAACUAAAACUUUCAGUAACUUUUUCGUGCGCUUGAUAACCAGUCUGUACGCUCUGAUACUCACUAUCAUAUCUCUGGUGGUCGAAGUUUCACCGACAUGGAGAACAGAUAUGUGGAAGGCGGAAACGGUACCGAAAACCUAAAUUUCAAAAGGCAAUACCAUUUUUUCAGUUUUUCUACAUUGCAAUGUAUGGCGUUGGUAUUCUGUUCUUUGCAUACUGCUACGUCUUUAUUAUUUAUCCCGGCCCCUACAACUACCUAAUAUCUGUGCUCAGAAGAUAUAAGAUCAUCAAAAAUGCUCAAGUAAGUUGAACUUUUGAAAGUUCACAUGGAGACCGUAACUUUUGAGAACUGGUUUAUCAUGCAAAGCCCGCAUAACGGAGAAGGAGCCGGCACAUUGUACCUACGACUUGGAGCUCUUUGUAGGGGAAAAUAUGGAACAUCUUUACCUUAAAUUAAAUAUUUUCAGUUUUCGGGAGUGUGGGCAUUGUACUGUUCGGUUUGGAACUGUUCCUUUGUAUUGAGAACGCUUCGUGUAAGAAGGCAACAAUUGCGAAAAUGAUUGUGGCCAUUGUUUUCACUUUUAUUCAAAUGCAUUUCAUCUUUUGCAAUUCGAAAGUGACAAAUAGGGCUCAGAACUUGAAGUUACACAAUUUUUUCAGAUAACUGUAAACAGUUCUCGAAAAAUAGUUGCGUUCGGAAUGAUGCACCUAAUAUCAGUUAAUAUCUGGACCUGGUUCCGAUUUGUGCUGGCUAAACAAGUUUGCUUUUUGAAACUUUGCAUAUCCACGGUCAAUUAUCAUCAUCUGUAAACGUUAGAAUAAUUCCAGGAAGCAAAAGCUCAUAAAAAAGCGAAACUGAAGCAGACGUUCCGAAAGUAUUACUCUUCCUCCUCCUCCUCGUCUUCCGAAGAAGUCCACGAACUCAUCAACGCUGUUCUCAACGCAACAGUAAGUACAAAAACGACAGAUCAGAAUUCAGAGAACUGCUCAGAUCAACAACACUCCGGAAGGGACAACAGCCGAGCCGACGUCGGUCAGCAGAUUGUUUGCUCUCGAGCAGUUCGGGGAUGUUGCCACGUUUCUGACCACUUGCAUUGUCGAGUGAGUCAUAAAGCAUUUUUGCGGGAAUUGAUGGAAAUACAAUAUUCAGGUACUCUUUGAUUGGCGCCGCGAUCAUGUUCAUUCUUUGGAAGUCGAUUGGUCAGAACAGCCAUCAUCAGAGCAACAGCGGUAAGAGGAAAGUGAAAAUGAGGAUUGACUGCAGGUACCUAUCAAUAAAAAGGGAGACUUGAUGACAGACUGAAUAUUUUAAGCUCUUCCUCUACUGGUCUAUUCGCUGGCAUUAUUUUCCUCAUCGGUUCACUGGUUUCCAUGGGGAUGUACACGAUUUUCGAGACAUUACGAAACAGUUCGGGUGCUCAACUGGUUUUCGGAAUCGUAGACCUCUCACUCUUUUCCAUUGCUCUCGGCGCUUGUGUCAUUGGACUUUGGAGGUUUAACUGACGUACAUUGACCAAAAAAAAACGAACAUCUUCUAGAAUGCGUCUCCUACAAUAUCGAUUGCAUGCUCAUGGAGAGGUUAUCGAUGAGAUUUUGUUAAUUAUUGGGCUCAUCGGUGAAAUUUUGUACUGUGCAGUUGGUAUCGACGUUUUUAUUACUUGCCGAAGGUCUGCGGACCUGAGCGUCAGUGCUCUUCCAGCAUUUGUUUUUGCGAUUCGAAUGAUUCAAGUUGUGGUGCAGGCAGCGUUCAUUCUCACCACUUCUAGGUAUGUACUACAGCAAGAAGUUCUAUCAGGUCAAACGUUUUUGAAGAUUACGGUGUCUGUCCAAGUACUCUAUCAAACAUAAACCGGGCAAAGAGAUCAUCACGUUUUUACUGGUAUCUAAUGUCACUCUUUUCGUGUUCCACACAUUCGAGGGUAUGAAAUCGAGUUUUGGAUUCUCAAGCAAAGCCGCCACACAGUAUAACUACAUUAUUUAUGCAGUUGCGCCUCUUCUCGUCUUCUACAGGUAUCUGAGAUAGAAUUUUCUCUAAAUUUACACAAAAACUUUCAGAUUCCACAGCUCGGCCUGUCUUGCCGAAAUCUGGAAGCACACGUACAGUACGAAAUCCGGUGAAUACGACCACGAUCAAACGAUGUCGCUUUCCGAUAGCAACCUAACUGCGAUGACACCGAUUUCUGACGGUAAACACGACGAAGUGCCGCCGUCGCCAACCGAAACUUUAAAACACUAA